AUGGCUGUGCUAUCUAGCUCCUUAAUUGGAGUAGAUGCCAGAAAAAGACUCCAAGAAGUCAGAGUUCCUAAAAAGGAUGUUGCCCUUAAGAACACUAGACGUUUAAUGAGUCCAAAAGUCAGUGAUGAUUGCGGUUGCCUUACUUUAUUAGACAGCAGUUUAUGUUUAACAAUGACAAGCCCUAUGAUUAAAGCAGGAUGGCAAUUCUAUCAAUCUUACUCUACUGGUAAUCCAUGGAUCAUUAGAUUUAGACCAAAUGUUGAAUCGCAGGCUAAUAUUCAAACUCAACUAACUGUCAAAAAGACAUACUACAAUGAGUUGACACUAACAGUUGACUCCUUCAGAGCGAACGUUUUCGGUGAGAUUGCUUUUUGGUAAUCUGGAAGCAUUUGCUUGAACACUGGCUAUGAAAUUGAAGCAAUCUUAGUUACAGCUCAGACAGCAAUGAAAUUCUAUGAUUGCUAUAGAGCCAUCAUCUACACUCUAUUCAACUGGGAUCAGUACAAGACAGUUGACUUUAUGAACUUUUUCGAUACAUGCUCAUUCUCAGAUGCAGAGCAGUUGACUCUUAAAGAAUGGGAUUUGAUUAAUGCUGAUAAAAUUAAGUAUUUGACUGGUGAUGGAACUGAAACUAACUGCUUCCCAACUAAUCUAAUUAACAAGGACCUUACAGAUUUCGCUCUAAACUUUAUUGCUCCAAUACUUAAUCCUGUAUCAGUUUGA